AUGGCGGAGUCAUCGCCAUCUCAACUUCGGCAGCCUCUUCUCGGAUCGCGGGACGAGCAAUCCCCUGACGAAGAUGGAUCUCACAACGCCGCCAAAGGCUCCUCUCUGACGACGACGCUCCUCAUGCCUGGGGCUGCCAUGUACUCGUUUGCGUUGCUCGGCCUGUUCGCAUCAACUACUGGAGUAAUGCUCCCCCGCAUGGAAGCAUUCUAUCACCUCAAUGACGUCCAAGUUUCCCUCUGUUUUCUAGCUGGGCCAGUUGGAUAUGUGAUUUCUGCACAACUCAACCAUUCUAUCCACUUGCACUUCGGGAGAAGGGGAAUUGCUGUUGUUGGACCCAUCUUUCAGAUCCUCUCGGCUGCUCUUACGGCCAUGCAUCCUCCAUUCCCCAUAGUGCUCGCCUCUGCUGCGUUGGGUGCAUUCGGAGCUGGUCUUCUAGAUGGAUCGUGGUGCGCUUGGGCCGGACGCAUGGACAAUGCAAACCUGAUAUCAGGUCUGCUACAUGGAUCAUUCUCUCUUGGGGCCGGCUGCGGCCCCGUACUUGCCGAGCUCGUGCUCUCUGGGACCAGGCCUUGGUAUUCCUGGUUCUAUGUUUUGACCGCAUUUAGCAUUUUGGAGUUAAUCAUCCUGCCGUUCGCGUUCAGACAUGAGAGCGCUGAGAAGUACCGCAACCGCCGACCCAACGAAACAGCAGAGGAAACCCUCAAAAAGCUUUCCAAAAUCUUCCACUACAAGUCGACAUGGCUCUGUGCUCUAUAUCUCCUUAUUUACGUCGGCACCGAAUCAGGAAUUUCGGGAUGGAUCGUGUCUUUCAUGCUUCGAGUCCGUCACUCUUCGACACAACAUGCGAGUACUUGCUCCUCUAGCUUCUGGAUUGGCAUGGCCGCCGGGCGACUUUUACUCGGACUGCUCACCGACAGGAUCGGGGUCAAGCGCGCUACAAACGGCUAUAUUGUCUGUGCUCUGGUGUUUCAGAUCCUUUUCGUCACAGUGGAGGGCCAAGUAGCCUCUGCAAUUCUCAUCGCCCUUGUCGGGUUCUUCUGUGGCCCUCUCUUCCCGUCUUGCAUUAUUCUCCUUACCAGGCUGUUACCCCGUGAUCUCAAUGUCGCUGCGGUUUCUUUCGUUGCAUCAGUGGGUCAAGUUGGCGGCGCUUUCUUGCCCUUUGGCUUGGGAGCCUUGAGUCAUCUCAUUGGUCUUGGAGUGUUCGGGAUUGUCAUCGUUAUUCAGCUGUUUUGCUGUCUUGUGUUGUGGAUAUUGUUUUCUGGACUACGACCAGUGGAGGCUGAUGAGAUGACGGACGACGAGAACACUACUUAG